AUGAGCAAAGCCGAUCCCAAGAACCCACCCUCUGUGCCUGACGGUUGGGUGGCCAAGUACGACGAGAAAUACAAGACAUACUUUUAUGUUGAUCUAGCAACCAAGAAAUCGCAAUGGGAAGCUCCCAGUGGCACGAAGUUUGCCGGUGACGACGUCCCCCCUCCAGCAUACGCACCUCCGGAACUGAGACCAGUAGAGAAGACAUCCUCAAGACAAUCCCAACAGCUGCAACAACUGCAAUACUCGCAACAGCUGAGACCUUCGGGUAACCAAAGGGCUUACGGUGGAUACCAGCAAGGCUAUCAACAAGGUCCUCCUCAGGGCUACGGUGGGUAUCCUCCACAACAAGGCUACCCUCCACAAGGGUAUCCUCCACAGCAAGGCUACUACCAACAAUAUCCUCCACAACAAGGCUACUACCAACAACAGCAACAACCACAACGUCAAAGUAACAAGUUUGGCGCGGGAUCCAUGGCUAUGGGUGUCGGUGGAGGUUUGUUGGGUGGUAUGCUUUUGGGUAGUGCCAUCAACAACUGGGAAGAUCAUGAACAAAUGGAAGGCUACCAGGAUGGCUACCAGGAUGGCUACCAGGAUGGUGGAAACGACGACUACGGAGGAGGUGACUUUGGAGGAGGUGAUUUUGGCGGAGGUGACUUCUGA